GAUGCCUCGUCUUGUUUGAUUCCGACGGCUCAGGCUGUCGUUUGAAGCGCAGGUCUGUACUUAAAGGUUGCAGAAGAAGAGAAAAGAAAUGAAGAAAGAGCAGAGAGGAUGUGGAGACGUGUAGAUAACAAGGACCCUCCAUCACCAGUCCCAUGGUCAUGCAGUAAGGAGUCUAAUGGCCUCCAGGACAGGGUGGUCCACAUGAGAAUGGAUUCUUAGAAGAGAAGAGUUUUAUUUACAAGGAGCAAUGGCCUCGGCCGCCGACGACGACGGCGGCAUGGAGAAGAGACUGGCGCACAUUAAACAAGAGGAGUGUGACUGGGGUGCACUGGAGGAUUUGUCUGUGAAGCUGGAGGAUUGUGAAGGGACCGUUUCGGUUUUUAAAGCGGAAACUACUGCAAUCAAACUUGAGGAAUUGGAAGAUCUGCCGGUUGGCCUUGAAGCAGAAGAGCAUAAAAAUGGGGACAUUUUCAAGCAAGAGUCUUAUCCCGGUUCACAGCCUCCAUUCACUGACUUGGAAGAACUGGCCACCCAGCAGAAUUCCACCAAACUGAAAUCAGAGUUGGAGGAGAAAAUCAUUAAGGGAAAUGGGAGAGAAGAAGAAGAAGAAGAAGAGGAGCAGCAGCAGCAGUCAUCAAGGAGUGCUGAACUAGAUUCAGAGGAGAAUGGCCUCUUCACCGUGUCCUCAUCUGCACAGCCCUCUCUCCAGUGCAGACUGCAGAACAAGAGGAAGAUGAAGAAAUUAACAUGUGAAUCAAAGAAUGUGUCCCCGGCCUCUCUGCAGUGUAGUUCUGUCCAAAGCACAGAAGCCAUCAACAGUGAUCAGCACGUGCAUAAAGUCCUCCUCCACACGGCAGAGAAACCCCAUUGCUGUUCUGACUGUGGUAAAAGAUUCUUCGACAGUAGCACUCUUCAACAGCACAUCCAAAUUCAUACUGGAGAGAACUUGUAUUGCUGUUCUGAAUGUGGCAAACGAUUCUCACAAGCAAGUUAUUUUCAACGGCACAAAAGAGCCCACACUGCUGAAAAACCUUACUGUUGCUCUGAAUGUGGCAAACAGUUUCUGAGGAAUAACAGUCUUCAAAAACACAAAGUAAUUCACACUGGAGAGAAACGCCAUUGCUGUCUUGAAUGUGGUAAACGAUUCUCACAAAUAAGCCAUCUUCAGAGCCACAAAAGAAUCCACACUGGAGAGAAACCUUAUUGCUGUUGUGAAUGUGGCAAGCAGUUCUCUCAUAGUAGUUCUCUUCGACAGCACACACGGAUUCAUACCGGAGAGAAGCCAUUUGGCUGCCCAGUAUGUGGUAAACAUUUCUCCCAUGUAAGUCAUUUUCAUAACCACAAAAGAAUCCACACGGGAGAGAAGCCCUAUUGCUGUCCAGAAUGUGGCAAACAAUGCUCACGCCUAAGCCAUCUUCAGAGGCACAUAAGAAUCCACACUGGAGAGAAACCUUACUGGUGCUGUGACUGUGGCAAACAAUUUGCUGACAGAGCUUCUCUUCGUUACCACACACAAGCUCAUACUGGAGAGAAAGCAAGGAAGUCGAGAGAAAUCAGAAUAUCUCCAAAGAACGGCAAAAGAAGUAGUAUGUGAAUAGAAAUGGAGACGGCCCGGGUGAUCAGAAGAGGAGAGACCUUGUAGGGCGUGCGGACGUUAAAGUAACAGCAGGCAGAUUAAGUAAAAAAAACGGAAAUGGACAUAUUUGAAAACAAAUUCAGAAGUAAAUGCUGAAAGUGUGACUUGAAAUACCUGAGAAAAUUAACAACAUGCUGUAAACAUAAGUUUGAUAUGUCACUGUGCAAAUCUCUCUUUUACAUGACAUGCCCAGCUGACACAGAGCCAGAUUUAGCACAGGGGCUUCACCACAUAGAACUGCAGAAUGACACGAGCCAGACUGAGACAACUGGACAGCGCGCAGUCAGACUGAGAGAGGCCGUGUACUGUUUCUAUCUGUUUUAAGUCAACAUGGCACCGUGUCAUCGAUUAGAAGUGCAUGUUCACCCAAGUUGGUGCUCUGCAUGUGAAGGAAGAGUCUAUAAAGCCUUGGCUCAUGGCACGGCACACGUUUGAAGCUGGCAGACGGAUGGAUGGGAGAUAACGUCACCCGGACCUGAAAAUGCCUUCCACUGCACUGAUGAUGUCGAGGGGCUCAACACCUCGGGCCUCCACUCCUGGACUGGGUUUUGUCAUUGGCUUCAUUCGUCUGUUAUGCAUUGUAAGCUGACAUUAAACAGAGCUAUGCUAUUUCUGUGGCGUGAUUUCUUACCGCCAUAUCACCUUUUAUGUUAUAUCUGUAUAGUUUUGGGUUAUGUAACGCGCCACAAUUGCAAAAGAACUCAUUCCCAGGACACGCACGCAAAAGUGGAGCAAGGGUUUGCUGUAUAGCAGCGUUUCUCGGCCUUUACGUAUUUGCAACCCAGGUUUUCAUAACAGUAUUAAUUGCGUCUCCCUAACAUUUUUUUGAAAGGAGCCCACUAAUACCAAUUUGAUCUUUAACU